CGCUCGAGCACUCUACUCACGAGAAGAUCCUUCCAACACUCUCACCAAAGUCCGAUUGGACGAAUUUCAAUGGCCCAACUUUUAUUUUCUUUGCACGUAUCGAACAUAAUAGCCAAUUACAAUCGCAAAUGCAUGCAACGAAGGAAAACAACAUCGACAAAGCGUAUAUUGAAUUCAAUAUUAGGAUUAUAACGAUUGAUUUUAUUUGUCAGAAAUAUUGUACGAAAUUUACUCUUCUAAAGAAGACUAGAGAGAAGAAGAUGAUAACACUCGCCAUGUUUUUAGCACGGGAUUAAAAACUAAAAGCUUGCCAUUACGGACUCGCAAAUUACGAUAUUACGGUAAUAGAAACAUACGAAAGAGACCAAGUUAAAUAAAAAGGAACAGAAAUGUCUAAAUACAAAAAACUCAGCCAAAACAAUUAAUUAUAAUAAAUACUAGUAUACAACCUGAGGGAAAGAUAAAGAUAUUCGAAAUAUUUUAUUAAACAGAUAUAGCAAACAUUUAUAUCUGCUAUCCUGACAAACAGAAGUGGAAAGAAAAUACUAAAAAAUUCACCAACGCAAGAAUAAACAAAGCAAGACCUAGAUUAACACUGAAUAUACCUUAUCGAGUAAAAACAGAAAAACACCUUAUUAAUUUUUCUCACCGAUGAAGAAGAAAAUAUACAGGGUAUCGAGCGAAAACAAUGAAAAAUCCCACGUUACCUCGUCAUUACCUUCUGCGUCUAAUCCUGACCUACCUUCGCGCGAUUCCGCGUAGAAGCAUCGCGAAUUCUAUCAAAUGGAAUACGGUGUGCAUGGCUACGGCCCUGACUGAGUUAAAAGAAGGCAUUCUACCGUGAUAAAUUCACCAUUACGGCGAGUGGGGCGGCAUACAGUCGGAGAAAGUGGCGUUAGUUGAUAUAUACCCAGGCAACGCGGGCCAUCAUACGCAUUUUCAAUAUCGCUCUCGCUAAUUUCAAUCGGUGGAGAUAAAUCACGUCCUCCUGACACCGGCCAGCUACAGGAUGACGUUGUUGAUCGGAUUGUUCCUGAUUGCCAGCUGGACCGGAGCUGCCUUCUCCGAACUACCACCUGGUGUGCAGUCUUGUCCACGGGCGCUCGACCUGCCGCAAUACGACAGAUGCGUGGUGCAGCAAUUGAACGCUAUAACGCCGUACCUGGCCAAGGGUAUCCCGUCUUUGAAGUUGCCAGCCUUAGAUCCUCUAUUCCUGCCAUCGUUAACGGUGGAUAGAAACCUGGAUUCGCUGAAGAUCAAGGCGAACAUGAGUCAGAUUCGCGUGUACGGCGCAACAAAUUUCGUUAUUAGCGAUUUGAAGGCCAAUCCGAAUGAUCUAUCGGUUCGUCUCAAAGUUCAGCUGCCCCAUGUCCAUGUAAAUGGAGAUUACGAUGUACAAGGAAGAUUGCUGUUACUUCCAUUGAACGGAGCUGGCAGUUUCAAAGGAAACUUCACUAGCACGGAAGCGCAAGUAUCUGCUCAAGGCAAAGAAGUUACCGAUAAGAAUGGAAUACAAAGGAUCGAGAUCGAUAAGCUGGUGACAAAGAUUCGCGUAGGAGACGGAAACAUCAAACUAAAAGCACCGCCUAGUCACUCUGUAGCUGCUGACGCAGCGGCCACGUUUUUCAACUCGAAUCCACGCUUAGUCCUGGAUAUCGCCAGCCCGAUUAUCGAGGACACAGCCGCGACUGUUAGCAGAGCAUUGGCCGCCAGAGCAUUAGGGGCUCUCACAAAAGAGGAAUUACUUCCCUAGUCCACGUUCGCUACGUUAGGCGAUCCCAUAACUAAUGGUAGAGUGCGUUUAACGCGUUUCCUGUCUCCUCAACUAUGAACAAUCCAAUAAUUCAUAUUCAUUGAAAUAUAAAUAUUAUUCGACUCGAAUUUAUCAAUUUCAAGCGAUACACAUUUGGUAAAUUAAUUUAUUCAUUGUAUUUAAUACACGUGAAAAGUGUCGUAAAAUGUCAAAUGCUUGGUGUCAGAUUAUGUCAAGUAGCAAGCAUUUGUAUUUUGCAAGGUAUUGUAAUUUUAUACUUGGACACAUUUGCACAUUUUCUUUGUUAAUAAUCUUAUAAAUAUUUGGAAUCAUAUUCACUGAGCAAAGUUAUUCGUCCAGAUGUAACUUAAAUACUACAGUUUCAUUUUCCUAAUAAUGAUCUUUCCAAUAUUAUAAAUAUUAGCACGCAUAUACUGCAGAAUUUCUUAAAUCCUGUAAACGUUUCUUUCUGGUUUGAUGAGCGUUUCUGCAACGUUCUGGAAUAUCACGAACAAAAUUGUCGAUUUCGAUAUGGAAAAUCAGGUCCGACAGGAAACGUAUUAAAGCGAAAAACAGAGAAUUUUUUACAUUUUAAGUACGUACUUAGAUCGUUUUUAUACUGCAUAUUAGAUAUAGCUUAAUGUUAUUAACUAUAGUAAGUAACGAAUGGUAGUUUGUUGUUGUCAUAGCCUAGAUGGAAAAUAGCAUUUUUAAACAACCAAAAAGGAGAAAGAUAUUUUAAAUUUUGGACAUCUUAAUUAAUCUUAUUUAAUCUUAAUUAAUUCGUCGUUAUUUGUUAUAAAAUACGAUUACAAUGAAACAACAUAAAAUCUGUUUGUAUAUAUAAAUGUAUACUUUCACAUAGA